UGUUAAACCCUCCCGCUCCGUUGCCGCCUUUUUUCCUCGUCGGUGGUGGAGGAGGUGGGUGCAGGCGAAAGCGGAAGAGAGGGAGGGCAAGCAGAGAAGGAAAGAUAAUGAUGACGAGUCCGUCGAACUACAAGUCGAACUACAGGUGUACGCCUGCCUUUGAGAGGUUCUACACCGGGGGUCCCUACGCAGUCUCACCCGAUUCUUCGUUCCUCGCUUGCGCUUGCGACAACGAUGUCAAGAUCGUCGACGCGCUCGAUUCUUCCGUUAGGGCCACUUUGGAGGGCGAUUCUGGCAGGAUUACCGCGAUUACCAUCGGCCCCGACGGCCGGUUCCUCUUCUCCGCUUCCCACAGUCGUCAGAUUAGGGUUUGGGACCUCUCCUCCUUCAAGUGCGUGCGGUCUUGGAAGGCUCGUGAAGGCAUUGUGAUGAAUAUUGCUUGUGAUUCUUCUGGGGGUUUGGUUGCUACUGCAGAAGAACGAAAAGUUCUUGUCUGGGAUGUGGAGGGUGGUUACUGUACUCAUUACUUUCAAGGGCAUGAAGGAGUUGUGAGAACUAUCCUGUUUCAUCCAGACGCAAAUCACCUUUUGCUUUUCUCUGGAAGUGAUGAUGGGACUGUGCGGGUGUGGGAUUUGGUGACCAAGAAGUGUGCUUCUGUACUGCGAAAACAUUUUUCAACAGUUACUUCCUUGGCUGUGUCAGAGAAUGGAUGGACGUUGCUUAGUGCUGCUAGAGAUCGUGUUGUGAAUUUGUGGAAUCUGCGCAACUACAACUUUGAGAAGACUAUAACAACAUAUGAAGUAGUGGAAGCUAUAUGCGUUAUUCCUUCUGAAUCUGUCUUCGCUACAACCUUAGGUAAAAUCAGACCAAAAGUUAAGGGGAAAAAGAAUAGUUCGCCUCCUAUUCACUUUUUGACUGUUGGAGACCGUGGCAUUGUGCGUCUGUGGAGUUCUGAGUGUGCAGACUGCCUAUUUGAGCAGAAAUCCUCCGAUGCUUCCAUUGCUUCAGAUGAGAAUGAUUCUCAAAGGGGUUUCAUAUCGGCUGUGGUACUACCUAAAGAUCAAGGAUUGCUUUGCGUCACUUUCGAUGAACAAUUUCUUUUCUAUGACCCAGUGAAAGAUGAUGAGAGUAUGUUUCAAUUAAACUUGAGAAGAAGGCUAGUAGGGUCUAACGAAGAAAUUUCAGAUUUGAAGUUCUUGGGUGAUGAGGAGCGAUAUCUUGCUGUGGCCACAAAUAUUGGGCAGGUGCGAGUUUUCGACCUUGCUUCAAGAACUUGUUGUCAUGUACUGGAAGGUCACACCGACAUCAUACUAUGCCUCGACUCAUGUGUUUUAGCUUCUGGGAGGAGUCUUCUAGCAUCUGGGAGCAAGGACAACAGUGUAAGAAUAUGGGAUACUGAAACCAGAUGCUGCAUAGGUGUGGCUAAGGGACAUUUGGAUGCUGUUACAGCUGUUGCAUUCUCAAAGAAGAAAAAGAACUUUGUUGUCACUGGUAGCAAGGAUCGUACGAUUAAGGUUUGGAGCCUGGAUGGAAUUUCUGAUGAUGCUGGCCAUGUUGUUAACUUCAAAACGAAAGCUGUUGUUGCUGCACAUGAUAAAGAUAUUAAUGCUUUGGCAGUCUCACCAAAUGAUGCCUAUGUUUGCAGCGGUUCCCAGGAUCGGACUGCUUCAAUAUGGAAGCUUCCUGAUCUUGUGUCUGUUGUUGUACUGAAAGGGCACAAGAGAGGGAUUUGGUCUGUUGAAUUUUCACCUGUGGAUCAGUGUGUUAUGACUGCAUCUGGUGACUGUACAAUUAAGAUAUGGGCUAUAGCAGAUGGAACCUGCUUAAAAACAUUUGAAGGCCACACUUCUAGUGUUUUUCGAGCUUCAUUUCUCACUCGUGGCACUCAAUUUGUUUCUUGUGGUGAUGAUGGCUUAGUAAAAUUAUGGACUAUCAAAUCAAACGAGUGCAUUGCUACAUAUGAACAUCAUGAUGCUCAGGUUUUUGCACUGGCUGUUGGACAGCGGACAGAAAUGUUCACUACUGGUUCCACUGAUUCUGUUAUUAACUUGUGGCAUGAUUGCACAGCUGCUGACAUGGAAGCUGCUGCACUGCAAAAGGAGGAAGCAGUUCUGAAGGACCAGGAUUUGGAAAAUGCUGUCCUAGAUGCUGACUACCUGAAAGCUAUUCGACUGGCAUUUGAGCUCAGAAAGCCUCACAGGCUCUUCAAUUUGUUUUCAGAUAUUUGCAGCAAGGGACAUGCUGAGAAUCAGAUUUUGAAAGCUUUGCAUGCAUUUGGGAAGGAAGAACUCCGUCAACUUAUAGAAUACAUUCGAGAGUGGAACACAAAACCAAAGCUUUGCCAUGUUGCACAAUUUGUGCUAUUUCAGAUUUUCAACGUUCUAUCACCAACAGAAAUUAUAGAGAUAAAAGGCAUUGGUGAGCUCCUUGAAGGCCUUGUAUCCUAUUCGCAGAGGCAUUUCAGCAGAAUGGACAGACUAGUAAGAAGCACAUUUUUGUUGGAUUACGUCUUGACUGAAAUGUCUGUCAUCUGUCCAGACAAUGCCAGUAAGGCACCCAAGGAUGAUGCUAAUGAUGGGUGGGAGAUCAAGAGCAAUGUUGAUCUAUUGCCGUCUAGAAAGGAUGACAAGGAAGAGUCGGUUCCUCAGUUGCCUGUACAAAGUUCAUUGAGGAAUAAGGUGCCAGCUUUAUCAAUCCACCGUGACAGUUCCAACGGGGAUCAGAAUGUUGGCAUUGACAACAGGUUGGUAGAAGAGGGUCACAGUCUUUAUGUAUCACAAGAUGAAACGGUCCAGGAGGAACUAAGUUGUCAGCCGGAAGAAAAAGGUUCAUCAAAGAAGAGAAAGUCGUCUAAAUCGAGAAACAAAAUUGAGAAGAAAAUGAAAAAGGCAGCAAGCACAGGGGUCCCUGCAAUCUCACUAAAAGCUUGAAAUUUUAGUAUCGUCUGCAUGAUAUGGUGUUCUUACGCUUUAGCUGUCGGGUACCAAGUUUGAGGUGCGGAACCAAAGGCAAAAAAGAUCGGUUCUAACCAUCGGCACUCUCUCGGGACAUGGUUGGGGAGGAUGGCAGCGGCUUCUUUUUGCAAAUCGUGAAGCCUCUCUGUGAUGUUCGUCUUCUCCUCGGUGCCCUCUCUCGCAGAGCUUUGGCUUGGGGAGUACCUGUGAGAGAGAGAGAGAGUAGGCAUGUAAUUUUUUUAUUUUUUUAAACCCCUAUUCAUUAGUUAUUAUAGUGUUGUAUAAUAUGCCCGAGUGUCACAUUUUGAGACUGGUGGCACUAGAUUUUCGGGUCUUCUCCAUUUCUUAUAAUCCACUAUUUUGAAAGAAAGAAUGGUGAGAACCUUUUUGGCUUGAUUUA